UUUUGAUUUUCUAUUUAAAAAAGUAAUAAGUAUUAGUAGUAAAUUAACAAUACAAAGUUAUUUGUUUGUAUAUCAAAAAUUAAAGAAAAAAUAGUCUAAAAUAUUAAUAAAGUAAAUAUGUAAAAAUUUUAGUGUUUUCUAUUAAUUUUUAUCUUUUUACUGAUAAAUUCAUGCAGCGCUUCAUGGGAAUGCAUAACUCAAUACGGCUGCUCAGUUUAGUAUAAUAAAGCUAAGCAAAUGAGACCUACUAUAGUUCAAUACUGCAACAAAUAGUGCAAAGCUGGAACUAAUAAAUUUACUGAUGGAUAAUAUCUGGAUUGCCUUUAAACAGUUGGCUUUGAAUAUGUAGAAAUAAGAAACUUAAUGUUUUGCGAUGUCAAUAGAUGCGCUUCUGUCAAAGAAGAAGAAUAAUGAAAGCUAACAAAUUAAUUUAUCAAAUUUUAUUAUAUUAAAGUCCUUUAAAAAAACUAACUCAUUUAUAAAGUUGCUCAUUGACUGACUACCUUCUUUAUUAAUUAAAAAUUGCCUUGUAUUAUUUACUAAAAAUGUACUAAGAAGAUCAAAAUUAUAUGUGAUUACACAUAAUAAUAAAAAUAAGACAAAUCGUUUGUCUUUUAUAAAUAAUAUCAUUAAAAUACUUGAAUUCAUAAAAAUAAAUAUGUAUGAUUGAUUAUAUUACUGUUUCUACUUAUAAGACUAAUUUUAACUAUUUUUAGUAAAUAAUUGUUAUCAUAAGGCCAUUUAAUUAAUUUUAAUUAAUUCCUAACUAUAAAUUGCUUACUUUAAAGUAAAGUAAAGUAAAUUAUAUUUUUGAUUUUUCCAUUUAUCAUUAAUUUGAAAUACUUUGCG